UAUUCACGCCGCCAUCCCUAUCGGACGCCAAGUCGCCAACAGCAUACAACACUCCAGCCGGUCUCCUACUCUCCGCCGCACUGCACCACCCCCAAUACCAGCAGCUCCAGCCGAUCUCCGUCGCACCGCCGCACAGCACCUGCCGCCCACAACCCAACAGUAGGUGGAAGUGCAAAGAUCCCACUGCAUCUCUCCCUGUUCCACUGCAAGAGAUCUACAUUCACUCGUUCGAAGGAAACAAAAAGGAUACUUUUGAUGGAGAGCUUAAUGUGUGCUCAGAUCAAAUUGACUCCAGUUCGCUCUCUCUGUACUUGGAAAAACAACCCAAUACAUGUUCCUUCAUUGGCUCCAAGAGUUACAAGGAGAGUUUUGAUUUCUCCAACUGGGGUAAUGGGAAGCCCAAAAUCAUUUAAUUCCGUUGCUGCUUCGAUUCAGCCAUUGGAGGACUCAGCCACGGGUCGUUUUGACAACACAUUGCCUUCUAAGGAGGUCCUUGAUGUGUGGAGAAAUGCCAAUGCUGUAUGCUUUGAUGUCGAUAGUACUGUGUGUGUGGACGAGGGAAUUGAUGAGCUGGCAGAGUUUUGUGGAGCUGGAGAGGCUGUUGCAGAAUGGACUGCCAGGGCAAUGGGUGGUUCUGUUCCUUUUGAGCAAGCAUUGGCUGCCAGAUUAUCUCUUUUUAGCCCAUCUCAGUCCCAGGUGCAGGAGUUCCUCGAGAAGAGACCUCCAAGGCUUUCUCCUGGAAUUGAUGCACUGGUGAAGAAGUUGCAUGAAAAGAACAAGGCUGUCUAUCUGGUCUCUGGAGGUUUUCGUCAAAUGAUAAACCCCGUCGCUACACUCCUUGGGAUACCACUCGAGAACAUAUAUGCCAAUCAACUUCAAUUUGGAAGCUCUGGUGAAUUCUCGGGUUUUGAUCCUAAUGAGCCGACUUCAAGAAGUGGAGGGAAGGCCGUUGCUGUUCAGCAGAUUAGGAAGGCUAAAGGUUUCAAGUCUUUAGUCAUGAUUGGAGACGGCGCAACUGAUCUUGAGGCUCGUAAGCCCGGUGGUGCUGACUUGUUUAUAUGCUACGCCGGAGUUGUACUUCGAGAGGCUGUUGCAGCUAACGCUGAUUGGCUGGUGUUCAAUUUCAAAGCCUUGAUCAACUCAUUGGACUAGGUUGCACCCUUCAUUUUCUAUUUUCUUUCAUCUCAUUUUUUCACUUUUCAUUAUUCUAUAAUUAUUCAGGCAGAUAUAUACUGCUGAGUUUCAUUAUUGAUGGCUUUGGUUUUUGCAUAAAGUGUCUUGUGUUUUUAGCUACAAUGAAGAAAUUUAGGUCCACUUUGGACAAAUGUGAGCGAUGAUGAUUCUCUCCCAUUUAGAUGAUUAUCUUUUAUA